UUGAGUUAUACCAGCCUGUGCCCAACACAAAUCCCCAAAUAUGGAGAUGGAUUGAUUUUUGACGGUUGCUAGCUGUAGUAGAAGAAUCUUCCCCUGCUGUUAAUGAAGAGGAAGAGAGUGAGGAAGAGUUGAAGAUGAGGGGACCACAUCUUGGUUGCCAUGACAACAGUGACGAACAGCAGCCUGCUGCAUCAUCACGCCAUCUCCACAAGACUCUGAUGAGAUGCUAUGGGAGAGCUGACUGAAAGAGAUGCGCACCCCAAAUAGCCUUCUCACCUCAUUUUCAGCAUCCACAAAUUGAGGUGAGAGAAGAAAAUGAGACUGGCAGGUUUUCCACAAGGGAGCCUGAGCAGGGAUGGAGCUUAAGAAGAAAAGCAAAUGAUAAGGGAAUUUAUGACUUUGGAGAUUAACCACGGAAGAGGCUGUUGAAAACUGUGACUCCUUGACUUCUCAGCGAGGACUUUAGCCCAUGAGAAGACAAAAUAAAUAUUGUCGUCAUUCUUUGUAAUCUGGAGUGCAUCUAAGAAUGCCAGGUCUUGCUGAGAAUAAUCCACAUCGACUCUGAAAACUGACAUGGUGCCCCUUGUGUCUCAGUUGGCCUGAAGGCUCUUUUGUUUAGGCUUGAAAAAAGACUGAUGAUGAGUGGAGGUGGUUCUAUUUCUUUGUGAAGGAGUUCCAUUGGCAUAAAUAAACUCAAAUAAAAGGUUAAUACACAUGGAUUAAAACAAGCAAUUGAUGAGCAAAAUAACAGCCAAAAAAAGCAAGCAGACUGGAAGGGGACACCUGCCAACACACCAAGGAGGACCAGUGGCUAAGCUGGAAACAUGGAGGAAAGGAACAAUGAGAAAAUGAAUCAGGCCCAUGUCCUCUUUGACCGAUUUGUCCAAGCCUCGACCUGCAAAGGGACUAUCAAAGCCUUCCAGGAGCUCUGUGACUAUCUAGAGCUAAAGCCCAAGGACUAUCGUACUUUUUACCACAAACUCAAGUCCAAGCUUAAUUACUGGAAAGCCAAAGCCCUUUGGGCGAAGUUGGAUAAGAGAGGCUGCCACAAAGACUACAAGAAAGGAAAAGUAUGCGCCAACACAAAGUGUCUCAUCAUUGGGGCUGGACCCUGCGGCCUUCGAACAGCCAUUGACCUGUCCUUUCUAGGAGCAAAGGUGGUGGUGAUAGAAAAGCGCGAUGCCUUCUCCCGCAACAACGUCCUGCACCUGUGGCCAUUCACCAUACAUGACUUGCGGGGCCUUGGCGCCAAAAAGUUCUAUGGCAAAUUUUGUGCAGGAGCCAUAGACCAUAUCAGUAUUCGUCAGCUCCAGCUGAUACUCUUGAAGGUCUCCUUAAUCCUAGGUGUUGAGAUCCAUGUCAAUGUGGAGUUCCAGGGCCUUGUCUACCCACCAGAGGACCAGGAGAAUGAGAGGAUAGGUUGGCGCGCACAAGUCCACCCGAAAACACACCCAGUAUCAGAAUACGAGUUUGAUGUGAUCAUUGGAGGAGAUGGAAGGCGGAACACGCUGGAAGGGUUUCGCCGAAAAGAGUUCCGUGGCAAGCUGGCAAUUGCCAUCACAGCAAACUUCAUCAACCGCAAUACCACAGCGGAAGCCAAAGUUGAAGAGAUCAGUGGUGUGGCCUUCAUAUUCAACCAGAAGUUCUUCCAAGAUCUGCGAGAAGCUACAGGCAUUGAUCUGGAGAACAUUGUCUACUACAAAGAUGAUACCCACUAUUUUGUCAUGACUGCCAAAAAGCAGAGCUUACUGGAUAAAAGAGUAAUAUUGCACGACUAUGCAGACACGGAGCUGUUACUCUCACGGGAGAAUGUGGACCAGGAGGCUUUGCUCAACUAUGCCAGGGAAGCAGCCGACUUCUCAACCAAUCAGCAGCUGCCAUCGCUGGACUUUGCCAUCAACCACUAUGGACAGCCUGACGUGGCCAUGUUUGACUUCACGUGCAUGUAUGCCUCGGAGAACGCAGCCAUGGUGCGAGAAGUGAAUGGCCACCAGCUGCUUGUAGCUUUGGUGGGGGACAGUUUGUUAGAGCCCUUCUGGCCAAUGGGAACUGGAAUAGCCAGGGGCUUCCUUGCUGCCAUGGAUUCUGCCUGGAUGGUACGAAGCUGGUCUCUAGGAACAUGUCCUUUGGAGGUCCUUGCAGAGAGAGAGAGCAUCUACAGAUUGCUGCCUCAGACCACGCCUGAGAAUGUGAGCAGAAACUUCAGCCAGUACAGCAUUGACCCCGUCACUCGGUAUCCAAACAUUAAUGUCAAUUUCCUGCGGCCAAAUCAGGUGCGUCAUUUGUAUGAUACAGGAGACUUGAAAGACAUUCACCUGGAAAUAGAGAAUUUUGUGAACUCCAGGACACCAAAACUGUCACGAAAUGAGUCGGUAGCUCGCUCUAGCAAACUCCUAGGCUGGUGUCAGAGGCAGACAGAUGGCUAUAUUGGUGUAAAUGUAACAGAUCUAACAAUGUCUUGGAAGAGUGGCCUAGCACUGUGCGCCAUUAUCCAUCGAUACCGCCCUGACCUCAUAGACUUCGAUUCUCUAGAUGAACACAAUGUGGAGAAGAAUAACCAGCUGGCGUUUGACAUUGCUGAGAAAGAGUUUGGAAUAUCUCCCAUCAUGACUGGCAAAGAGAUGGCAUCAGUUGGCGAACCAGACAAGCUGUCCAUGGUCGUAUAUCUCACCCAGUUCUAUGAAAUGUUCAAGGACUCCCUUCCUUCUAGUGACAAUCUGGAACUGAAUGCAGAAGAAAAAGCUGCUUUGAUUGCUAGCACCAAAUCUCCCAUCUCUUUCUUCAGCAAGCUGGGGCAGAGCAUCUCCCGGAAGCGGACACCAAAGGAUAAAAAAGAGAAAGACCUGGAUGGUGCAGGAAAGAGGAGGAAAACGAGCCAGUCUGAAGAUGAGGACACUUCCCGAAGCUACCGAGAAGAAAGGCCCACCCUCGUGAGUGCCCUGACAGAGAGGAGGAUCGAUGCCACUAUUGGGAACCAGAACAAAGUGAAAUCCAUGGCAACGCAGCUGCUGGCCAAAUUUGAGGAGAAUGCACCUGUGCAGGCCACAGGCAUCCGGAGACAGCCUGCCCUGCCUUAUCAAGACCGUGCUCUCAGCCAGCUAGCCUACCGACAGCGAGAGCAGGGCCGUCAUGCCCCUUUGCCUCAGUGGAAACAGAUGAGGAAAAAGGACCGUUCUCGGACCUGCCCCAAAAAAGUGAUCAUGCUCUCUUCUUCCUCCACUUGCACUUCCUCUCCAUCGUACCCCAGUCAGCAGACAAACAGGGAGCCUUAUGUUGACUCCGCUGGAGAACAGAGUCCCAAACAGCAACGGAGACCUCACCAGUUCUUUUCAGAGGACCGUGUGCCAGAGCGCACGCUUACCAUUGAGCAGAGGGCAAGCCAGCUGGCUGCCCUCCUGGAGCAAAGGCCAACAACCUGGCAUCAGCCAGAGACUGAGCGAUCUCGUCGAUCUGUUGUUGAACAGUGGGAGCUCUCCCGUAGCCUCCGCUCUUCCAGCCGCCCUUCUUCUCCCUCAUCUGACUCCCUCAGACAGAAGUAUAUAAAGAUGUACACAGGUGGCGUGAGCUCAUUGGCUGAGCAGAUAGCCAAUCAGCUUCAAAGGAAAGAUCAGCCUAAAACCCUUCUAGACAAGAAGGAACUGGGUUCCUUAAAGAAAGAAUUUCCUCCAAACCUGGGAGGCAGUGACGUCUGCUACUUCUGCCACAAGCGUGUCUAUGUGAUGGAAAGGCUGAGUGCAGAGGGCAAGUUCUUCCAUCGCAGCUGCUUCAAAUGCGAAUAUUGUGCCACCACCCUGCGCUUAUCAUCAUACGCCUAUGACCUGGUGGAUGGAAAAUUCUACUGCAAGCCUCACUACUGUUACAGGCUUUCAGGUUAUGCACAAAGGAAGAGACCAGCUGUGGGGCCUCUGUCAGGAAAGGACAUCAAAGGGAUCCAGCAGGACAACAUGGCAGCUGAUGGCGCAGGACAUGCAAACUCCAUCUCAUCGUCAUCAGAGAGGACUCCAGCUCCCAGUGUCAAUGGCCUAGAAGAACCCAGUCUUGCCAAGAGGCUGCGUGGCACACCAGAGCGGAUUGAACUGGAGAAUUACCGGCUCUCGGUACAACGGGAAGAGGAAUUGGAAGAGGUCCCUGAGGAGACAUUGGCAGAACAUAACUUAAGCAGUGUGCUAGACAAAGGAACAGAAGAGGAUGUUCCUAGCAGUAGUUCAGAGUCUGAAAUGGAGGAGGAGGAGGAAGAGGAGGAGGAGGAGGAACAGCCGCAGCAACCCUCCUCUGACCUGGGUGGUGUGCCGUGGAAAGAGGCUGUGCGGAUACAUGCCAUGCUGAAGGGCAAGAGUGAGGAAGAGCUGGAGGCUGAGAAAAACCAUGAUGUGGAGGAGGAGGAAGAGGAGGAGGAGGAGGGGGAAGAGGAGGAAGAGGAAGAAGAAGAAGUCUCUAGUGAAGAGGGGGAGUAUUACCCUUGGGAGAGAGAACUACAGCAAGGCCUCUGGCUUCAGCGUCUCUCAAAUGAAGAGGACACGGGUACAUUUAAAGCUGGAAACCUGAGGCUGCAGCAGAUAGUAAACCCGAUUGAUCCCCUGGAGAUCUUGGCAGAUGUGCAUUGGACACACAUCCGUCAGAAAGAGGAGGAGGAAAAAGUGGGCCCUACUUCUAAGUCCUCCACCUCCAGAGCAUCUGACCUUCCCUCCAUACGCCACGAGGCAGUGCAGGCGUGGCUGGAUGCAGUCCCAGGAGCCCUGUGUGAGGAGAAUGACUAUGAAGAUGAGGUGGGCACUGAGCCUGCCGAAGCGAUCGAAGAUGGGGACACAGGUGCUGAGCUGGACGAUGAUGACAUCCCGUCUGAUGCAGAAGCAGUGUGUCGCCUGCAUCAAGGAGACCCUGAAGAGGGGGAGCUGAAGGUCUUUGAAAACAAGGAGGCGGAGGCAGCAGCUCCUUGUGUUGUGACAGAAGAUCCCUGCAAGCCUUGUCUGCCCGUCAAGCUGCCAUGUAAGAGGACUGUUGCACUUUCUCCAGCUGGCAACCACAUAGAAGAACCAAAAGAGGACUCAAAGGAAUCUCCCACAAUGGAGCACUGCAAAGAGAGGUCCCCAGAUGUACACUUUUUCCCUGAGCCAUUCCUCCCAGAAGAGGAGACAAAUGACAAGAUCCCCGAUGAUCAAAAAGUGGAAAGCUCACCUGUAUCACUCUCUCCAAUUCGAUCCCAGCCAGUUGCACUGCCUGAGACUGCGACACCGGCAUCACUUGUGAAAUCACAACCAGCCACGCCCACAUUACCUACAUCUCCACUUGCUGCUUCCCAUCCUAUUUGUUCUCAGCCUUUACCCUCUGCUGAAGCAUCCAUUCCCUCUCCAGGCGAGCCCCCAGUCUGUUUUCAACCAGUCCCAGCCUUAACCUCUACUCCUUUGGGCAAGCUCGCCCUAAAGAGUCAAGAUAACGAGCUAGAAAAAUUGGGGAGCCCUACCACAGCAGAAGAAGCCAUGAAACGGAAUAAUCUUGUGGAAGAGUUCUGGAUGAAGAGUGCUGAAAUUCGGAGGAGUUUGGGUCUCACUCCUGUGAACAGGAGCAGAGGUUCAGAGCCAAACUUUACUGUCUCACCUCUUGAGACUGCCCCCCUGAAGUCAUACACUUCUGAGGGAAUUCAAGAAGAUAAGGAGAUCCACCUUUUAAAACCCCAGCCAGCCCCAAGAAAGCCAGUCACUCCCAAGCUAGACAAUGAGCAGUUUUCUUUGCUGACACCAAAGUCGCCAUCUGAGAGAGAGCUGAAGAACUCGAGUGAUGUCAAGAGAGACCUGUCAAGCAGUUCUGGGCUGGGUCUUCAAGGCAGUUCUUCCAACAUGAGGACGUUGGCCAGCCAGAGUUUCAACACUUCUGACUCCACCAUGCUCACUCCUCCAUCCAGCCCUCCCCCUCCCCCACCUAAAAAUGAAGAGCCGGCAACGCUACGAAGAAAAAGGCAUCAGGCAACUUGGCAGAAUGAGGCAGAGUCAAAGCCGGCUUCCAUGCAAACACCUCACCCGCCAUCAGUAAAUGAACAGGUCCACCCAGCCAAGGAGUCACCCCAGCCUUCCAAAGCGGAGGUGCGGAAGUCAUUUGUGGAGAGUGUGGAUGAGAUCCCAUUUGCCGAUGAUGUAGAGGACACGUACGAUGAGAGGACGGAGGAUAUAAGCCUUCAUGAAAAGUACUACACCCCUCCCAGUAGACCAAGGCCAGAGAAGCCUCUUCACUUGCACUUGGUUAAAGAGAACGGGGGACCACCCUCAAUGGACAGAGGAAGCAUGCAAAAGAGAGGCCUGCCUCAAAUCUCUGCAGAAGCAAAGGAGCUAGCCGAGGAGAGGAUGAGAGCCCGAGAGAAGUCUGUGAAGAGCCAGGCUUUGCGCGAUGCCAUGACUAAGCAGCUGUGCAAGAUGAAAGACCUAGAGAUGGCCAGUGCUGCCAGCACUGCCAAAUUGCGCAAAGCAUCUACCAUGCCCUCAAAGACAAAGGAGAUGUUUUUUGAGUCCCCAAGGCAUUUGGCUAUGAAGGCAGGUGAGGGCCCCACACUGAAACACGAGGCAAGCAGCGAAAGGUUCUUCUCACCCUUUUUGGACACGAGUGUGCGCGAUGGAUCAGUCACUUCCUCAGAAGGCUCUGGGGAAAAAAGCAAGAAAAGGACUUCUCUCUUCUCCCCACGUAAGAAUAAAAAAGAGAAGAAGUCCAAGAAUGAGAGCAAACUCUCUGACAAAUCCAGCAGUGCAGCUGAGGAAACCACCAAGCCUAAAUCACUGUGGAAGUCUGUAUUUUCUGGUUAUAAGAAAGACAAGAAGAAAAAGUCAGAUGACAAAUCCUGCCCCAGCACCCCCUCCAGUGGAGCCACAGUGGAUUCUGGGAAACACAAGUCCUCUCCAGUAGUUAGAGCAGCAGAUUUGCAGCUACGGCGACACUUAAGCUUUUCAGAGGACUCUGACCUUUCCAGUGACGACAUCUUGGAGCGCUCUUCACAGAAAUCCAAACGAGAGUCGAUUUACGUACCACACGCCUUGGCAUUCAAGAGAUCAUACGCAUCAAAGAAGGCUUACACGGAGGAUGAGCUCAAUGCCAAAUUGACCAGGCGAGUACAGAAAGCAGCUCGCCGUCAAGCCAAGCAGGAAGAACUGAAGAGGUUACACAGAGCUCAGAUUAUCCAACGACAGCUGGAGCAGGUAGAAGAGAAGCAAAGGCAGCUGGAAGAAAGGGGAGUUGCUGUUGAGAAGGCCCUUAGGGGUGAAGCAGACUAUUGGGGAGAGUCUUAUUACAGUGACCUCAUCGACUUGCACCUGGGUGUUGAGCCCAAUGCCGGGACACCACGCCGUAGACCUCUCUCCUUCUGCCCUUGCUGUGCCCACGAAGGCAUGGGGAAGAAGGAUGACCCCAAGCUGAUGCAAGAGUGGUUCAAGCUGGUGCAGGAGAAGAAUGCUUUGGUGCGCUAUGAGUCAGAGCUGAUGAUCUUCGCUCGGGAGUUAGAGCUGGAGGACAGGCAAAGCCGACUACAGCAAGAACUCCGGGAGAGGAUGGCAGUGGAAGAUCACCUGAAGACAGACGAAGAACUAUCAGAGGAGAAAAGGAUCCUGAAUGAAAUGCUAGAGGUAGUGGAGCAGAGAGACUCCCUUGUGGCCCUCCUUGAGGAACAGCGGCUUCGGGAGAAGGAGGAAGACAAGGACCUGGAAGCUGUCAUGUUGUCCAAGGGAUUCAAUUUGAACUGGUCCUGAGCUGGCACUACCCUUACCUGCUGAUCUGUGUUGUCCAGUUGGCAUACACCAAUCUGGGCAGAGCUGCCUGGAUGGAGAAGACAUCUUGGCAUGGAAACCUCACAAGGGUUCUUGCAGCACCUGAAUGCUUGAGCCAGAAGCUUCUUGAUAAGAGGGGAUGGUUCUAAAGGUGCUGAAUUCUGCGUGAGGUCUGCAAACCCAAGCCGAAGGUGGUGACCUGAGGUUGCGUGCCUUCCUCAAGGACCUGUACAAGAGGCCAUUGAGUUUCUGUGAUCUCUGAGAGGCUGAAAGCCUUAUUGGGGAGGAGAUGAAAAUAUUUUAUUUAAAAAAAAAAAAACUUAAAGCAGUCCAGGUGGGCCCUAGUUUGUCCUUCCAUGUUUACCUGUCUAGUUGUGAUCUUUGUUUCUUUUUAAAUACAAAGGAGAGACAUGUCUACUCCCUUCUGAUAGACUACAGGACCCUGCAGCAGCACUUGUGAGAGCACACUGCUAAAUGGGAGAGCACUACCAACCCCCAGAGCACACAGUAUAUAUGUUGUGGAUUUCCCCCACCAAAGAAGCUUGACGCUGCCAAUACUGAGUGGGUAUGGAGGAUCCUGGAGAUGGAAAGCACUGGAAACUUGAAAGGCUGAUUGGCUUGAAAAACCUGCUCCUUGUGGUUUCUACAAAAGACACAGACACACAGAGGUUGCGUUAUUUUCACUGCAGCCUCCACAAGUUGCCAUUGUUUUGAGAGGGGAACAGUGUGUGGGCCACCUCUCUCUCUGCCAUGCAGUGCUCUGGACAGAAAGCGACUGCUUUCCCUCUCCAAUUGGCACCGGUUUUUUGCUUUUUAAAUGAAACAAAACCAUUAGACUUCUCUGUUAUGUACUUUGUGACUUUUUUGACACUGGAAAAUGCUGACUAUGAAAAUGGGUUAAUUAUGAAGCAUUUUGAGGGAGCUCUUGGAUUAUCUCCCCCUCCCCGCCUGCUUCUAACCCCUCAAGAUUGAACCCUCAAGACUGUUAAGUGAGUUUUUUGUUUUAGUUGUGGCUUUGGGGGUAAUUUCUUUAUUUUAAUCCUUUUUUUUUUUUGCACAGUGGAAAUGAAGCAAAAGACCGUGGCCCUUUAGUCACUUUAGAUUCUUUAAUGUCCAUUAACUUAUUUUUUAAUACUUGAAAGAUUUGUUUUUGUACCUUUUAAGAAGUAAGCAGAUGAGUGAAUGUUGGAUAUGUGUGCCCUGCUGCAAUUUCCCAACCUCCAGUGCUGCAUUUUAUUCAUAAUUGGCUGAUCUCCCUUUCCCCCGUAUCUAUUUAUUAGGGUCCUUAUUUACAACAUUACUGUCACAUACUAUAUUUGAUGUGGAGCAGAGGUGCCUUUUAGGUUCUAGAGUGAUGAAUUUUCUUUGGCCCUGUCUCUCUAACACUUUGAAGGGACGUCCCCUACGGACCUGAUAAACUCCUGCACCUCAUGAGGAAAGCUCAGAAUUCAAGAGCAGUGUUAACAGGUCUUUUCUUGCACUCCAAUCCCCUUUGUCUUCUUCCCUGAAUGAUGGCCACGUUCUUGCUUACUUUAAUUACUGCUGUAAGUUUUGCCAUGGAACCAAAAAACAUUACAUCACCCACUUUCUGCUGUUUUAAGAACAAACCACACUGGCCCUGUAAAAUCUGCCUCCAAAGGGAGGAUUAGUGCAAGCUUCUCUGGUUCUGCCCUAGGCCUGUCUCUGUUUGAGUCAGGAAGGGAGCUAGUGGUCCUCUCCCAAUGCAGUAGCAAGGAUGACAGAACACAGAGUAGACGCUUGCCUGCCACCAGCUGAGAGGUUCCAGAAGCACACGGUGUCCUUCACCAUUUCCUUCUGGAUGUGCCGACCUGCAGCUUGCAAACUCCGCUCUUAAUUUUGUUUGCUUUAAAUCUAACUCCAUUGAGGAUUAGAACAAUGUAAUUUACUUUUUAUCCCUGUGAGGUUUUAAUGUGGCAUUUGUAUUUUCAGCAAAGAGAGUUGACAGUUCACUGUAGCAGAAGGGGAAAUGUUGACCUCUGGAAUGAGAUCUUUUCUAGUUCCCUUAAGUUGUCAGAUUCGGUGUGGAACGGGGUUCAUUCAUGUAUCAUGUAACAGAGAAUUUCAGGAAGUUCCACUGCUCGCAGUAUUGCAGCACUGUGACUGGAGAAGGUGCUUCGCUGAACCUGUCCCUCCUGCAUGGUUCUGAAAAGCAUAGGAGUCCUGUCCUCAGAUUUGCAAAUGUACUCGCACUUUGGGAAUAGUUAGAUUCUGGCUAGGCAGAGCAUAGGUCUUCCUCACUAUUGUCUUUAGCUGCUGCCUCCAAAAAAGGCACUCUCUUUUCCUGUUUUGAAGGAGGCCUUAAUUGCCCAUGUUCAUAUUGCUAAGAAAAUAGACAUUGGCUGCCAUCUUUGAGCUUUUCUCAGAUAAGGCCUUUCUUCCUAAUUAGUCUCAAGAUUUGACUGUUGCAUAUAUGUUAACCACAAGAGAGCAUCGUGACUGUGGAAGAAUGAAAAUGAAACUUUUCAGGAAACUGUGAAAGUACCCCUUCAAAGUAUACGUUCUUAUUUUCAGCUAGAAAGGAGUUGCAACCAUCCUAAUUGGUUACCAAUAAUAUUGGUCCAGCUUAACUCCAUUCAAGAAUGGGCUAGAUGACUGUAAGGCCACCCUCCCCAUCCUCUUGUAGCAUAACAGAGAGUACCCCUCUAUACUAGUUUUACUUCACCCAACAAACUGAAAAUACCUGGUUGUAAAUGCUGGCACUGUGGCUUUCAUAGCAGCCUGACAAGAAGAAGAUCAGCCAUUUUUCCUGCACUUUUAUUUCUCUGAUGGGGGGCGGGGAAUUAAGCUGACUGUUGAACACAUCCCUGCCACUUCUGUGUUAAGGAGCUUAGUAAGCCUAGCCUGUGUGGCAUUAAAGGAAAGAGAAGAAAAGAGAAGAAAAUUGGCACAUGAAGUUUGAGCAUUCUUCUACACUCUUUACAUUUAGUUGUAUUUUUUCUUUUAAAAGAUCAGAUCCGAGAUGGAAUCAUUGCAAAUGUAUGUUCAACUUACAAAUGAUGGGUCUUGUGGGCUUUUCAUAAAUCUAGAUACAACAAAGCAGGGGUGAAAAUGAAGUGGUGUAAGCAGAGGCCUCCCUUCUUCAGGGCAGGGAUUUAUUUCAGUAAUACAUGCUAAGUUGGAGACUAACAGAUCUGUAUGAAAACCAAAGCUAGGAGGAAAAGCUUGUACUCUUUAUGCUGUGUGAAAAAGGCCUCCUAGUCAAAUGUUAAACAAAACAAAAAAAGAAAUUCAUGUGUUUUAAUUAUGUAUUGUUUCCCUACUUUAUUCAGAAAAGGAAGAUCUUUAUAAAGACUUAUAUGGCCCACUUAGCUCAUGAGAGUUUGAAUUUUCAUCUCUGCCCACCUGUAAUUUAAAAGAAGAUCCCAUCACUCAGAAGUGCUUCUUUUCAGUAAAGGAUAGUACAAAGUGUGACUGACUGCUUACUGUUUAACAACUAGGGAUCUGCACAAAAUUCACAAGAAUCUAUUCAAAUUCGAAUCAAUUUGAUUGUGAACCAUUGGACAGAGUGGAGAUUCAUCUGGAUCGAUUCAAAUUUGCCCAAAUUCAAUUCAAAUUCAAGUGAAUUUGAAUAGAUUCAAACAAAUCUCCACUCUGUUCAGUGAACCCAAAUCAAAUCUAUUCAAAUUUGAUUCAAAUUCAAAUCUAUUCAUGUGAAUUUUGUCCGCAUCCCUAACAAAAAUUGUGUUCUAACAUCUUUAAAGGUUAGUAGUAGUAAAGAGUACAUCUGUUCCCUCUGUGCUUUUUUUUCCCUAAAUACUGUUUGACAGUGAAAAUUCUAUCUUUAGGAAAGAAAAGAGCCACUCAGAUAACAGAAAAAUCCCUGUACAUGUGUAUUUAAGAUCUGGAUGUUCUCAUCCUAGUAUAAGCCAUGUUAGCUUCUGGAAUUAAUGUGGUGACCUGCACACUUCUAUAAUUCACUUUUGUGAAUCCAUGCUAACAUCACAGUUCUUCCCUGGGAACUUCACUUGCACAGGCUCAUUGCAAAAUGAUGGAGAAAUCUGUAUAAUGAUGAAGGCUACAUAACUACCAUUAAUUUCAGUGUGAUGUGUGGAGGAGAUCCCCAUUGGAUUGUUUCUAAAGAAUAGUUUGUGUGCGUCAUUUUAAUUCAACCACAAACCAAAUGCCCCUUUGUGGGGUUGCAGUGUGUCUUUUAAAGCCUUCCCCUACAGCAUAGUGGCAGAGACCAAAGUUGCAAACCUGAUCCUUGACUGAGGUUGCUCUUGAAACAGGACACUUGCUCUUUGACCCUAACAACUGAUAUCAAACGUAGACAGAGUAGGCAUGAGUUUAAAGAGAGCAUCUAUCCACAAGACCUGCAUUUUGAUCCAGUCAUGCAAACACCUGUUCCUAUGUCUGGCCACUGAACUGUCUUAAAGUUUCUGUAUGACUCCAUCUUCAGUCUGUGGCUGAAAGGGUUUGUAGGACUAGACACUGAAGUACUGAGAGUUCCUGCCGGCUCUUCAAAAUCUGUGCUUCUAGCUCAUCUUCAUCCAUGAGUUUAUUUCCUCAUCUGGCACUUCUGAUAAUCAUCUUUCAACACUAUUUUCAACACUGUCAUACAUUAGAAAGUGGAAUGUUUUGCUUACCAGAGAGUGAAAGAGAUCUGAAUUCCCAGCUGUUACUUGAAAACACAUUUAUGUCACUUCCCAAUACCUUUUGAUAGAUCUUUUGAACAAUUCAGAGCUUCUUUAUUUCAUCCUAUUAUCCAAUGGUUAGUUCAAGCUGAUUAAUAUACAAACCAGUGCUUGCAGUGCUAGGCAGCAUAACUAUGAAAGGAGAACCAGUUAAAGUAUGAGCCGAGUGGCAACUCAUCCACCAACAGGUUAAAGAUUGUUUAUUUUCCCCUCAUAUUUCGCAUACAAUACUGCUACUCCUUUAAACUCUUACUACAAGAUAUCUCUUCUGCUGCUUUUUAGAAUCAAUUCCCUUCCAAGAUCUCAAUUUUGAAAUUCCUGUUAUCUCAAUUACUUGCCCUCCUAGAAGCAAGCUCUAUUUCCUAAAGCUGCAGCAACUGACAACUUACCUUGUCAUUGACAUCAGUAAUCAAUGAUGAACUACAAUAAUUAAACAUUGUUAAAAAGUGAGAAUCCCCCUCCUCCAGCAACCAGGAUCCCUUCAUAUCUCUGUAAAGCAAAACUACAUCUUACUGUGUUUGGGUCAUUAUUACAAACACUGGAAAGAUAUCUAAGCAGUCAUGGUGGCCUUAUGCAUAGUACUUGCAUCUCUUUGGUUCUUUGUCACCUUUUGUAUAAUCAAAUCCUAUCUUUAAAUGCUGAUGUCCAGAUCAGAAAAAUGCCUUUUCUGUCCCAACUGCAGAAGGCUUGGCAGAAUAAUACAAGCAGAAUAAUACAAGCUUAAACACUGAAGCUGAAAUACCAGGACUAACUUAGGAAAUUAACGCUAUCCACAGAACAGGGCUAGCAUGAGUUGGAAUGUGGCUCCAGAAACAUUUAUGCCAAUUGGCUACCAAACAUUGCCAUCUAUUGCAAUUUGAGAGGUUUAGAAGGCAGAAGUUUUUUACACUGGCAAAAUUCACACCUAAUGUAUCCUCAGCAAGCAGGUUGUGUGUGUUUAUGGUUGCCUUAGUGUGAGACUUUUUAAGUUUUUAAUGGGACUGAUGGACUAGUGCCUAUUGAGAUCUAGGAAGAAGAGGAAAACAUGGCUUCAGUCACCUUGAUAGAAGCUGAUACUGCAUCUUCCACACCACUGAAGCAAGACAGGGCUGGAAUGGCAGUAAGUUGAAAAGGGAAAUGUAUCUCCCUUUUGUCUAGGAUGGGGCUAGUCUUAUACAGCUCUGGUCACUAUAGUUUGGUGACUGAUGAUCCCACAGUUACUACUGAUAUUCGUUGAUAGAGAUGUGGACCAUUUCAGCUGUGCCCAGUAAAAUUAAAAGAAAGUUGAGAGCAAGCCUCCUACAUUUAUAUGUUCAGGAUACAAGAAUACAUGAAGGUUAGCUUGAUUUUUACCAUGUUAGCAGGAUAACUUUGACCCUUUCCCCUGAGGCCUAUAAAUAAUAUUUUUUCCCAAGCUGCCCACUGGGAACUGCCCCGCUCAGAUGCCAGAAUUCACUUUCAGCAUCACAGGUAUAGUUCUGCCUUUUGUUUAUUCCCAUUCGGGCGGCUAAGACUCCAUGUAAUGUAGAGAGAGGACAGGCUUUUAGAGGGAAAAGAUGGCUUUAUUACACCAGGGACAUGCACUGAAUUUCUUCUGCUGUUUAAGCAUUUCCUUUCAUACUUUGCAUUUCCUGUGAGCACCCUUGCAGUUGAGGUUUGUACAUAUGUAUGUUUGUUUUCAGUGCAGUGUCUGGCCCUCCUUUUAGGAUAUGGUGCUAAUACAGAAGUUACAAGCACACUUGUUCCACCCUCUGUGGGUUUUUAAUCUGUUUUUUAAAAAUAACAUCCAGAUCAAAAGCAUUUUAGAGCACCCGCAGUUGUGUCUAGAGUUGCAUGACUUACUACACCAAUUUUUUUUAAGGUAAAGUUGAUCCUCAUAUGCAAGCUCCCUUUGUUGGGUUUAUAAGAAAACUACAACAGAAAGUUUACACUGGGACUCUUGAGAGGAAAGUGGUUAAUUAGUUUUCCAGCCUCAUGUAUUUUUUGUUUUUUAUUUUUUAAAGAGAUAUUCUGUGAGUUGGGACUGUUAUUGUUUGCAAUAAAGAACACCACAAAACAGCUUAUUAAGAGGUAGGGGAGGGGAAAAACUCUUGAUGCAUGAUAAUAAACUUUUCUCAGUAAUUUCUGUCCUCAAGGGCACUUGCAAUGGAACUUCAUAAGCAGGGUAGAUGGCAGAUGAGAAUGUCACUAAAGCUAUAGGGGAAGAAACGUCACGUUCUGACACAUUGCAGUAAUUUAAUUUUUUUAAUAUAAAGGUGUAUGUAUGUAUAUGUGAAAUCUGGUCCCCAUGAAGGGAUGUAAUGUGGUACCUUCCUCUUGGGACAGGUGGGAACUCUGAUAUUCAGACUGUUUUAUUGUUGGCGUGUGUGCAGUGUAACAGGAAAUUGUGUACUGUACCUUUUUAUGUCUAAAGCCUCCACAACCCAUUUUACUUCCCAUUUGGUUGCAUUUCAUUCUAUAUGUUCUUAUGCACACUUUGUUGGUGUUGAUAUUUUAGCACCUCGGGUCGCCAACAGAAUGAAAGAAAAAGAAAAAAGGGAAAAAAUAAAGUCAUUAUUUUUUUCUUA